AUGUCUGCUGGUGUCCACGCCUACCGCAACGCCCUCCGAGCCACGCGGGUGGCGUUUCGCAACGACCUCCCCGUGCUCAACGCUGCCCGCCACAAGAUCCGCGAGGAGUUUGAGGCCAACCGCGACGUCGCCGCCGAAGUUCAAGAAGAGCGCCUCAAGCACAUGAACGAAGUGCUGAAGUUCUUGGUGCAAAACAUCGUCCAAGGUGAGCCUCAGGAUAACGGCAGAGUGAUGUUACAUUUCCACGACCGCACCGAGCUUGGCGACAACGAGACCAUCAAGCAGAACCACCAGGACAACAUGGGGUCGCUCGCCACCGCCAAGGGCGCCAAGUUUAAGAAGUGUUCCGAUUAA